AUGGAGGAGGAGAGCUCCUUUCAUGCGCUCCUCGUGUGUCCGAAGGCGGUUGCUUUGCGUAUGGCCUUAAGGGACAUUUGGGUUUUACCUGCGGAGGAGGAUUUGUCAUAUACAGGGAAAGAUUGGUUUCUUGUGCUCCUAAAUCAACUAAGCCCUACUAUGCGUGAUCAGAUUAUAUUAGUUUUCUGGAGAGUUUGGCAUAUGAGAAAUGAUUUGAUAUUUGGUAAAGGGAAGGAAUCUAUUGCAGCUUCAAUUAGCUUUGUGGAUCAUUACUGGACAUCUUUUCGAUCAUGUCUUCACCGUCACCCAACCACCACGACCAUCGCCCCGCUCCUGCCCGCGCCGGGCUCCUUCGUCGCGCUCGCCCCCGCCAUCCUCACCCCGGAGGAGGUGUCCAGGGCGCUGCGGGACUUAACCCAGGCGGUUCAGGAGAUCCACAUGUUCUUAGCCGGGUCCUACGGGCCGCACCUAGCUGCGCCGCCCAUUGCUGCCACCGCGCUGCCAUGGCAGCCGCCGCACCAGGCGGCCUCCGCCACGCUCGUCGGGCCGCUGCAGCUGCCACUGCAGCCUGAUGCUCGAAGCCGCGCUCGGCCGCCUCUCCCCCGCGGUCUCGCUCCUCGAGAUCCGCGUCCCCAAGGAGCGCCGCGCCGACACCGCCCGCGGCAACUCGCUGCUCCGCGUCGGCACCGCCCGCGCCAACUCGCUGCUCCGCGCCGCCGCGCGGCUCGAGCCGGAGGAGCUCGUCUUCGACCUCCCCUCCGAUCUGGUCACCGGCUCCCUCGUCGUCGACCUGCCUUGCUUGCCCCGCGCCACCUCCAUCGCGCUGCGAAUCUUCCUCUCAUCCUCCGCGUGCCCGACGGCGCCGAGUUCCCGGCGCUGGAGGCGCUGUCCCUGUCCUGCGGCAUCGCGCACGCCCACCUCGACGCCCUGCUCCGCCACUGCCCGCGCCUGCGCACGCUCCGGCUCGGCGGCUUCUUGUUUGACCAAGGCGACCUGAGGGUCAACUCGGCGUCGCUGCAGGAGCUGGCCGUGGACCGCGAGAGCGGGCUGACACACCGCGUCGACAUCGUCGCCCCCGCGCUCAAGCAAUUGUCCGUGUCCUUGAUAGCCACAGAGGUCAGCAUCUCCGUCUUGGCUCCAAUGGUGGAGAAGGUCUCGUGGCACUGCUGCUACAGGGCGGGGUCUGUUACCUUUGGUCUUUGGGAGCUUGAGCAGGUCUCUCUAGAGACCUCAGAGAGCCAAGGACAGCUCCCUUCGCUGCAGAUUCAUGCCUCCAUAUUCCGGUCAAAUUUCCCCGGCGAGGCGAUCAGCUUCACGCAAGAGAUAGUGAAGUAUAUGGUUGUUGCCUUCUCCGCUCUGGAGCUUCAUCUCGAAACAAUCGGGCAUGUUUUUGGAGCAAUUGUGUUUCUUCUCCUUGGAAUGAAUCGGAUUCGUCCAGGUGUGCGGAGGCUUAAGCUCGUCCUAUGGAGAACACCGGUGAGAGAAAGAUGCCUACCGAAUUGUCCAUGUCAGCCCAUGGACUGGAGAUCCCAAACUGUCUCCUUUACUCAUCUCCAAGAAGUGGAGAUCACUGGCUUUGAAGGGGCGGGUCAUGAGUUUGAUUUCUUAAAAUUGAUGCUCGGAUGUUCUCCGGCACUUAAAAAAAUGACUUUGAAGCUGUCACGUGAUGUGUGGUCAAGGGAACAUAGACGCACAAUAAUAAACGACAUCUUCAAGGCGUAUCCUUCCGUGCAAUGCUAUGUUUAUCUUUGCUCUGGGUUCAUGCAUGGCUACCAAAAUUAUGACUGACAUGAUCCUCAUCCAUACCUCUGCAAAUUCUUUGGUUCACAUCUGGAGUACUUUUGCUUGGUUGCUUUAACCGAUUAACUUAAGUGAAUUGUGUAGUGCUUGCCAUGCCAAUCAAUCAUGGAUGUGAUAUAUUAUAUUUGGCCAACCUUUCUCAAUACUCAUGUGCUCCUACUGAUUCUGCUAAGCAGCGGUUCUAAAUGUCGACACCAUGUGUUUCUUCAACAAAACUAGAUAAAUCUGCAGAGGAUGUUCAAUUUACUUCCAUCACUUCGACAGUUGAAUAUAACUAAGAGUGCGUGCUGCUCAGCUUACUGGUGCAGCAAACCAGGCAAAUUACUGGAACCAAAUGGUGUUAUAAGGAGUUGGCCAUCGUCGGAAAUGAUGAUCUUGUCAAUGUACAACAUGAAUCCACUAUCUGGAGGAUGAAAAUCUUGUCCACAAA